AUGUCUUCCGAUCCAGUCAUACUGGAUGUCCUGGCAUCCAUCUGCAAGGAUGCUUUGCAACUGUUCGAGCGCAUAGUCAUCGUUUUUGAUGACAAGGAAGAACGCCGGGCAAACAUUUGUAUCUCCAAGCACUUCAUCUAUUUCGUAAACCGGGAGAUGAGCAAGUUGAUAGACGGUCGCGAAAGGAUUUCCUACUUGGACAUUCGUCGCGCAGUUGUGGACAGCUCCACAAAUCGCUACUUUCUGCUAGAGCUUCGGCCUUCACAGGGAUCCAGCUGGAGUGGCACGAGGAUCUUAGUGCAAAGCACCCAUCGCGAGCUUCUUCUGCAGAAGAUCGCUCAGUGUUGGCAGGCCGAAGUGAUGUACCGCCUGUUCGACGUUAGGAAGUUUGAGAUGGUUAAAGCUGCCUUGGGUGAACAGCUGGCAGCUGUCAAGAACAUGAUGGCCAAGCAAAGCGACUUGAUCAAGAUCGAACCCUUCCGGGGCUACGAAGACAGCUUCAGCUACCGCGGCUACGGCUUUUGGCUGCGGAAGGGUUUUGCGAGUGCGUCGGGACUCAAAGACGGAGUGUUCCAGAACGACGAGGGCUGGGAGGUGAGCUACAAAGCGCAGCCGGUCUCCGUGCCCCCUGGUGUGCGAGUCAUGGUUCACGUCGACAAUGAACAGUUGAUCAUGGACCUGGAGAAGUCUCGCGACGGCAUGGAGGACCUACGCACUGUGGCCAUGGAGUACCAGCGCAGUCUGACUGAGAACUUGGACCAGUUCUAUGUGGUUGUGUCCGGACAGUAUCUGAAGAAGAUGAACCGUACAGAUGACAUCGCGUCCUGGGAUGGCUGGGAGUUCUUCGUUCGCUCCAAGGAGACUCUUCCGACCUCUUCAAUCCAGAGCUUCGUAGAGCAAUCGGGUCGACGGUUAGAUGGUUCCCAGUCGCAUGAGACCAAGACAGCCAUGGGCGUCAAGAUGGUCAAGGCUGAGAGGGACUUUCGGCCCUUCCAUCAGCUCUCUGCAUGGGAUGCAGAACGCACAAAACAUCUUUGCCGCUCGAACGGGCAGGCGUGCUUCGUGGUGCAGAUCAGAAACGGGCAGGUGUUCAUCUCGGAGGAGCAGCCAGGCUUCCAGAGCCGAAACCGCCUCACCAUGGCCAUGCUUCACCGAGUUUCGGCCAAGUUCGGGCCACUUCCAGAUGCUGAAUUUGUCGUCGACACGUCGGAUGGCUACGCCCAGAUCGAAGCUCCAAUGUUUGUCAUCGCGAAGUUCCCUGAAUCUGCAGGUGGCAUCCUGUACCCAGACUUCUCCUCAUAUGCGUGGCCUGAGUCGGAGUGUCCCUCGGAACCUGCGGGCGCCCAUGUCUGGUCCCAAGUCCUGGCCAAGAUGACAGAGGUGCCACUGUGGUCUGAGAAGACCGACUCGCUGUUCUGGCGGGGUGCUGCAACCUCGACUUACAGGAAACAAGUGGUGCCGUUCCUGGCAUCUUUAGAGAAAGCCAACGUGUCGAUGAUGGAAUGGGUCAUUGGGCCAGAAGGACAGCGCCAGGUGGUCAGCAGUGGCAGUGCCAGCUGCGUCCCAAUCCACGAAUGGUGCCAGCACAGGUUCUUGGCCAACCUGCCUGGCAACACGAUGGCCUUGGCUUUAAAGUACCGACUGCUUUGCGGCUCUGUGGUGCUGUCCAGCCCAUUUCUAUACCACGAAUGGUACUACUCCCAGCUCAAGGAGGGUGAGCACUUCCUGUCCUUCGAUCUGCGGUGGUCGGGUGUGGAAGAUAUCUUGCAAGAUUUGCGAAGCUCUUCAAGCGCUGUCGCGGAGGUGGUCUCGGCACGUUCCAGGCACUGGGCACAAGUCCACCUCACAGAUGAUGGGUUUGACUGCUACUGGCUGCAGCUCAUCCACCUUGCCAGUCAGCACUUCCCACGCCCGCAGCAGACAUCACAGGCGCUUCCUGUGGAAAGCGUGAUGCUUGGAAUGAGCCCCGUGCUUAGUGACUUAGUCUUGUGCCAGCAAGAAGCGCAAGCGCCACAAAACAGCCUGGAGCACCCUCUGCCAACAAGGUCCAAGGCUGCUUGCCAGCGUGGACGUCCUCAUAGUGAUUCCGUCUCGAGCUAUCGAUUCGCAACUGAUGGAUCAUGCAAGGAGAUGGCGCUCAAGCAAGUUAAGAGUGAGGGGGGCCGGGCUGGUGAGACCACGCCGGGCCGGUGCAUUGACGAGCCACGACCUGAAGCGCGCGCUCCGUGGCAAAAGUAUUGGCAGAGAGAUCUGCAGUUGAUAGGAGCACUUGGCUUCGCACCGGCGCAGCACACCACAGCGUGCGGCCCUCAGGCAGUGAGCCAUCGACAUUUCUUCGUCAUUGCCAGCACAGAUCCGGACAUUGAAUUGCUAUGGGACAGCGCCAUGUCAUCCGAUCGUGAAGACGAUUUGCUGGUGGUGGAAUGCCAGCAUGGCUACAGGCAGCUGCUGCAGAAAAUGAUUGUGGCAUAUCGGACGUUGCUAGAGCGCUUCGUUGUGAAGUUCUUCAUACGCGCUGAUGUCGAUUCGAUGCUACCUUUGCAUUUUAUGCUGCCGCUGCUACAACAUGCUGCUGAUGGAAAUUGUAUCGUACUAUUGUCAGACCGCAGCAAUUGUGGAGCUGACAGGGCAAGGUGGAAGAUGCCAGCAAUCGGCCGCUUGCAAUGCCAAGUUCAGUGUGCCAUGGACCGUGGUUGCCACUACUUCCAUGUCAGUCCAGAUGGGGAUUGUGCCACCUUCAGUCAAUGCACACUGGCGAUGGCAAGUGGAGAGGUCUUCGAGUAUGGUCUGCACGGCAACUCGCAGCCAUGUGAAGGACUCCAUGGUUCACAGAACGUGACCUGCAUAUGGGAAGAGGCCGUGAAAGCCUGUGUGGCUGACAAGUGCACCGAUUGUGGCGAGCACGAGUGUCAACUUUGCCAGCAAGAGUCGGUGAAAGUGUCUCACUGUUGCACGGCCAACUCACAUCCAGACUCGGAGCCGCCUCAAAUGUGCAAAGAGGCCAUGUUGGCGGAAGAAAUCAAGGCUUGCAUAGGUGUGCAGUGUGCAGGAUGCGCCGGGCAGGAGUGUGCAGCAUGUGAGCAUCGGCCCAGCGUAGUUUCGUCGUGCUGCGAUGGUGAUUUCCACUCGGCAUUGGCGCCACCCCAAUGCCGCAACACAACUUCGACUAGCCCAUGUGCCCGGCUUGUGGGGCAAGAGGCCUUGACUUGUGCCUGGGCAGAGGAUGUGCGAACGUGCAUUGAAGCUGGGUGCAGUUCAUGCGCAGGAGAUUGCCCAAAUUGCAGAGACGACAGCUUCAGAAUCUCAGCGUGCUGCGACCAGCACUUCCACCCGGCGGCUGCUCCGCCUAUAUGCGCGCAGGCGAUUCUGACAGAGGAUGUGAAGAGGUGCGUCGCGGCGAGGUUCUGGCAGGCUUUGCUUUUGAGCCGGACUUCUGGUGCCUUCAACUUGAUGACUGUACAGUGCCUUCCCGAAGAAGGAAAGGUCCUGACCAACGACACUCACAAUCCGCAGUGGAACAAUCUUCACUACAGCCACGACUUGGGUUUGGGAGUGUAUCCCCCCUACCCAGAGGCUUCAGGAUAUGCUAUUUCGUCUGAUAUUGCAGCCUUCUUGGCUAGUGUGGGAAGUGGUGCACUCUCUGAAUUGCACUGGAAUGCCUGGGCCAUCGAGGACAGUGCAAUGGGAACUAUUUUGGCAGGCCUGAAGUUUGACAUGCUACAGCUGCCUACAGAAAUACGCGAGCAUAUUCGGGACAUCGCAGUUGUUGUCCGAUGUCCGGCUCAGAGCAUGACAAACGAUACGUGUGAGGUGAUCUUGGACGAGUGUCACAUCAUUGCCGAUUCCAUCUCUUCCGUAUAUGAGAACGUGGGCAUCUACAAGAGACCGUUGCAGGCGAGGUUGAACACCCUCCACUUCACUGAAGAUGGCUAUCGUUGGGCAGAGGGGCAGCUGGGCAUGGUGCCGGUCCACCGCCGCGCAGCGCUGAAGUUCCUGCGGUCUGUCGUCAAAAUCCUGCUGAGUGAAGGUGCUCUCUGGGAUGAGUCGAUUGAGCAUGACGAGAUCUUCAAAGACGUGCCGGACAUGGGCGAUCCCUGCAGCGUGCCGCAGGAACCCAUCUCCGAAGCUGAGUCUCUGUUGCAGACCAGCAAGGAUCGCAACGAGCGCCGCAACGCCUGGGCUGCUCGCAUCGCACGCUACUUCGCAUACUGCUUGGACGGCGGCAUCAUGGGUGAGCGCUUCACGUUUCCACUUCUUAUCCAGUCUCUGGGACGAGUGUCUUCUGAUGUCGACCGGCAGAUGAAGGAAGUAAUUGACUUCCUCCUGCAUGUGAACAAGCGGGAUGCCGGCGGUUUGAAGGGCUGGAAGUCGAAUCUCUUCCUUGAGAAGAAGCCGGUCAGUAUCAUUGCGAUGACGAAGGAGUCGGAGGCCUUCGCUGAAUAUUUCUUCAACGACAUCAUCAUGCGGCAUCUCCUUUCGGAGAACUAUGUUGAGAGCGAGUUGAAGAAGCGGCCACCUGGUGCUGGCGUUGACUAUGCCGAGUUGCUUGCACAGCUCCUCACUGAUGAAAGCGUGGGCUUGGGCCUUCGAACCAUGGUCUGUCGUCAUGUUCUGGGCAUGCUAGGUGGUUCGCAUGACCGAGAGGACAACAAGUUUGAGAAGACGGUCAAGCAGCUGGUUCCUGCUCUGGUCAAGGUCAUGGUCGGAUCCAACCACAUCUUGAUGUCCUAUGCCACUGCAUCCUUGGUAAACCUCUCCUGUGGUCGGCAGAACAUGAAGCAGCUCCUGGUGUCACAGGGCGUGAUUAAGAUGUGUGUGAAGCAGCUGAAGAUAAAACACGAUGAGCUCACGUUGUACACUCUCUUCCUCUUGGUCAACCUCACCAAAACGCCUCACCACAGAUACAUCGUGGUGCGAGAGGGUGGCGUACCGCUGCUGGUGGACAUCUUGACAUCUUCCUACCAGAAUCUUCGAAAGCAACGCAUUCUCGCGGAGGUGGCCAGCGUUGUGGGACAGCUUUGCAAUGAUCCUGAGACUCGCCAGUGGCUGAACAGCUGUCGGCUGUUGGUUUCACCACAUACGCGCAGGACUGUCAUGAGUAUGGCCGAGGUAGCUUGA